ACUGGAUUGGCUAGUUCAUGUUGACACCGAUAUGUAGGAAACUUCAUUGUGUUAGUUUCGUGUCCUGCAGUAUCCCGUGUGAUUUCUAAAAGGACAGCGUUUCUUGUGCUUUUUUCAGAAAAUAAUAUCUUGUGAAUCAUGAGUGACCCAAAAAGUGGUGAAGAUCUAGCUACAGCAAUUUUGCGCAAAAAGGACAGGCCAAACAGAUUAAUCGUCGAUGAAGCGACCAAUGAUGACAAUUCAGUCGUGGGAUUAUCUCAGGCUAAAAUGGACGAACUGCAACUCUUUCGAGGAGACACUGUUUUGCUGAAAGGAAAACGCAGGAAAGAGACAGUUUGCAUUGUCCUCUCCGAUGAUACAUGCCCGGAUGAGAAAAUCAGAAUGAAUCGAGUUGUUCGUACAAACUUGAGAGUUCGACUAAGUGACGUUGUCUCCGUGCAAGCAGUACCUGAUGUAAAGUACGGUAAACGUAUACACGUUCUACCCAUGGACGACACAGUUGAAGGCUUGACUGGAAACCUCUUCGAAGUUUACUUAAAGCCAUACUUUUUGGAAGCCUAUCGACCAAUUCAUAAAGAUGACAACUUUAUUGUUCGCGGAGGAAUGCGCGCUGUAGAAUUCAAAGUUGUGGAGACUGAUCCCGGUCCCUACUGCAUUGUCGCACCAGAUACAGUAAUUCACUGCGAGGGCGAUCCUAUAAAGCGCGAGGAGGAGGAGGAAGCCUUGAACGCUGUUGGUUAUGACGAUAUUGGAGGUGUUCGGAAGCAGUUAGCACAAAUUAAGGAAAUGGUGGAGCUACCUCUACGUCAUCCUUCUUUAUUCAAAGCUAUUGGUGUGAAGCCACCUCGUGGUAUUCUCCUCUAUGGACCGCCGGGAACAGGAAAAACUCUCAUUGCCAGAGCAGUUGCAAACGAGACUGGAGCUUUCUUCUUCUUAAUCAACGGACCUGAAAUUAUGAGCAAAUUGGCUGGCGAAUCGGAGAGUAAUUUACGAAAAGCUUUCGAGGAAGCUGAGAAAAAUUCACCCGCUAUCAUUUUCAUUGACGAAUUGGACGCUAUUGCACCAAAAAGAGAAAAAACUCAUGGAGAAGUAGAAAGGCGUAUCGUAUCCCAACUUCUUACUUUGAUGGAUGGCAUGAAACAAAGUGCUCAUGUCAUUGUCAUGGCUGCCACAAAUAGGCCUAACAGCAUCGAUGGAGCCCUACGUCGCUUCGGUCGUUUCGACCGGGAAAUUGACAUUGGUAUUCCAGACGCUACCGGACGUCUAGAAAUUUUGCGGAUUCACACGAAAAACAUGAAACUCGCUGAUGAUGUCGAAUUGGAAGAGAUUGCCGCUGAAACUCACGGUCACGUUGGUGCAGAUUUAGCUUCUCUUUGCUCAGAGGCCGCUCUUCAACAAAUUCGCGAGAAAAUGGAUUUGAUCGAUUUGGAAGAUGACGUUGUAGACGCUGAAGUAUUAAAUUCUCUCGCAGUGACAAUGGAGAACUUCAAGUACGCAAUGACGAAAAGCAGUCCUAGUGCUCUUCGCGAGACGAUUGUCGAAGUGCCGACUGUAUCCUGGGAUGACAUUGGUGGUUUGCAGAAUGUUAAAAUGGAACUUCAGGAAUUGGUGCAAUAUCCAGUGGAACAUCCAGACAAGUUCUUGAAAUUCGGCAUGCAACCAUCCCGAGGUGUUCUGUUCUAUGGACCUCCGGGUUGUGGUAAAACACUCUUGGCCAAGGCGAUUGCAAAUGAAUGUCAGGCAAAUUUCAUAUCGGUGAAGGGUCCUGAACUAUUGACAAUGUGGUUUGGUGAGUCAGAAGCCAACGUUAGGGACGUUUUUGAUAAAGCCAGAUCUGCAGCACCAUGUGUACUCUUUUUCGACGAGUUGGAUUCCAUUGCAAAAUCACGAGGUGGAACUGUCGGCGAUGCUGGCGGUGCUGCAGACCGAGUCAUCAAUCAGAUUUUAACCGAAAUGGACGGAAUGGGCGCAAAGAAGAAUGUCUUCAUCAUUGGAGCAACUAAUCGUCCCGACAUCAUCGACCCUGCUAUUCUUCGUCCAGGAAGAUUGGAUCAACUGAUUUAUAUUCCUCUUCCUGAUGAAAAAUCUCGCGAAGCUAUUUUCAAAGCAAAUCUACGCAAAUCUCCUGUAGCACAAGAUGUUGAUUUGUGCUACAUAGCCAAAGUAACACACGGAUUCUCCGGUGCCGAUUUAACAGAAAUUUGUCAACGUGCUUGUAAACUGGCAAUUAGACAAUGCAUUGAAACGGAAAUUCGAAGGGAAAAAGAUCGGGCUGCUAAUCCUUCAGUUUGUAUGGAUAUGGAUGAGGAGGAUCCUGUGCCAGAAAUUACAAGAGCCCACUUUGAAGAAGCAAUGAGGUUUGCCCGUCGUUCAGUUUCCGACAACGAUAUUCGCAAAUAUGAAAUGUUUGCACAAACUCUUCAACAGUCUCGAGGUUUUGGAACAAAUUUCAGAUUUCCACAAAGUGGAGGAGCACCAGGUACUCAAGGAGACCUUACACAAGGAGAUCAACCGUUCCAAGAUGAUGGCGAUGAUGAUCUCUAUAGUUAAGUUUUCAGUUUUCUGUACUUGAUUGCAGUGAAGCAUUCGACAAAAGGGCCUGUCUAUUAACGUGUGAAUAUUGCACGGUCACGAUUUUUAAUGGUUCAUGAAAAAAUUGGAAAUAAAUAAAUUGCGUAACAAACUUUUUAUAUAAAAGGGCGUAUGAUGUAUGUCUGAAGUUUGAGUACUUUUUUUUAGCCUUACGAUCGUACAUAUUUUGUGAACAACUAAUUCGACUGAUAUCAAGUGCAUAAACUGUUUGUGAUACAAGUAGUAAUUUUUCAACUUUUUCUAUUUCAAUAUCAAAUUGUUUGUAUACAAGGAUUAUUAAAUAGCGUCGAGUUAAUUUUUUUUAUGCGCCAUACAUUUAAAGAUAGACCCUUUUGCUCCGGCGGCACUAGCAUCAUCAUUAUUAUUAUUUUUAUUGUUGGCGCUCUAAAACUAAAAAGUGCUAAAAACGCAUGCAUUACUUGUAGAAAAACUUGAAAUAUGUACGCGUAAAAACAAGUAUAGCUGCGCCAGACAAACAUAGGAAAUAAGAUAAUAGAAAUUACUUUGGUUUCCAUCCUGUAAAAUUCGUUUUUGUAAAGAUUUCCCGUUCAUGUGAACGUUGUGUGAUUACGUUUUUUUACCUUUCGGGGCACUCAUGCCGUUAAACGGUUUGAAAUGUCAAAUACAUUUUCCUUAAAUUGAAUUCUUCAUCUAAUCUAUCUAAGAAGCAUAAUUAAAUGAAACUAAAAAUUUUAAGUCAUCUACAGUUUUUUUUAUCUACAUUAAAUUAGAAUGGAAAUUUUUAUUGAAAUUAUUUAUAUAAUAUUAAGAAUUUUACAGAUUAGAAAUUGCUAUUUAAACAAAUUACAUAAAAAAAAACAUGUGCAGCAUUAAUUUUAUCUGUAAUAAAUGUCAUAACGUUCAUCGAUUUUCUUUUGGUGCACGAUUCUUUUUCAAAUUGGACCACGUCGAUGUAAAGAUCUUGUGGGUAAAAAAAUACUGUAAACUGAAUAAAAGGAGUUACAAAAUUUAA